UUUGUUUACGUAUUUCAUUUUGAAAAUUUCUAAAAGCAACACUGAGCAAAAUGGUAUACGAGUUUGAAAUAACACAACAAUGGGAAGGUGAUCCCAUCGAUCAUGAACCGGUAAAAAUGAAGUUGGAAGGCGUGGAAAACGGUGUAAAACUCACUAUUAAAGCCCCCUACUUUAACGAUCCUGCUCCGGUUGGAGAAGAAGGAAAGCCACUCUGGUUACUUUGGGAUUACGAAGUUGUUGAAGUGUUCUUUUACAACUCAAAGACUGGAGAGUACUAUGAAGUUGAAUUUGGACCGCAUGGCCAACAUCUUGGUUUGCUCUUCAAGAAAUGCAGAGAAGUUUGGAAGAAAAACCUUGAGAUGGAAUAUUCUGCAAAAAUCACCGGCAACACCUGGACAGGGUGUGCGAUAAUGCCUUGGGAUUAUCUACCAGCUGGGAUAGAUAAGUUCAAUGCAUUCGCCAUGCAUGGUGUGGACACAAAUCGCGUGUAUGAAACGCUGUAUUCGGCACCAAAAGGGAAAUAUGAAAAACCUGACUUCCACAGACUCGAGUAUUUCCAAGAUAUUGACAUCAACGCAGUGUUUCCAAAUGGGAAGUUGGAAAAAGACGAAACCUCAAUAUGGAAUACUGCUUAAUUUUAAAUGUGCAUCACACACUAUUUAAUUUUUCAUAAUUGCAUCCCAGAUUCUACCCAUAAACUACAAUUAUUCUUUAUUUACUGUUUAUGUGCAAUAAGUACAUACUAAGCAAAAGGAACAGAUGGAACACCUAUGUUGCCUAAAUAUUUUCCAACCAUAUAUAUUUUAGUUCAAUAUCAAUGCAUUUUUAAUAAUAAUUAUUAAACAAAGAGUUAAAAUUUAAAAUCAGAGCUAAUACAUAGCAUUAUGGGUAAUCAAAACAUGCGCGGAUAAAACAGCAUUUAAAAAA